CUUACGUUCGUAUAGCCUGGCUUGGGCUUGGCUAGGCAGGUUUUCCACUUCAUCACAAAGUCUGUGGAAUAGCUUAAAUACAUUCGAUUGUAAAUAUGCUGAUAAUUUAACGUGUAUCAUUGUAUUGUCAAUCUGUUUAGUCUUUUUAAUGGCAGGAUGACAAGAGCCCAUUCGUGACUGCCAAGGCGAUGGUAACGUUACUCAUUCCUUUUACACGAAUGCAGGCUUGCAAGUGGAAUGGUCUUUUCAGCGUGGGAGAGGAAUUCGACGACGAGGACUUGCUGCAAGCAGACUGGACAGUGCCCACUGCCCCAGCCACCGCCCUACAGCCCAUAGAUGUUCAAGGGACCUCUACGUCAAAUACCUCAAAGCAAGCCAUCCCCGCCACAACCAUUACCAUUCCAAAUGAAUCUGACCUGGGGAAACAAGCUACUCAUAAUGUCCCUGGGCAGACCUCAGUUUUGGGGCUUAGGGGUUUUUCAGCAUCUAAGCUUCCCUCCACCUCAGGUGCUGGAACCUCUGCCAGUAUAUCUGACAUGAGAAACAGCAUCCAAAGUACUGGACCUACUCACCAGAACACCUUCACACCUGCUUCAGGUGCCUGCCCACUGGAUGACUUUGAUGACUGGGACGUGGAUCUUACGGACCUGGAUGAAAACGUCCCUCAUGUUGGGCAGCCUGCUCCAGUGACUAGCUUAGUCCCUCCAACGGCUAUCUCUAACUGGCCCUGCGAGGAUUCCAUAUCUCCAGCGAAGAGGAUGCGCCCUUCAGCCUGUGCCAACGGCUUAACUCCCCCUGGUCCCAGUUUGAGAGGCUUCAGCAUUGCUGCCCACACGCCUGAGCCUCUUGGAAGAGCCCCAAUCCCCAGAGACUCUUUCGCUACCCCUCGGCCAUCUCCAGGCCCUUUCCGAAACCCAGCUGCCCUCCCUGCCCCUCCACGUAGUCCGGUUAUUCCAAGGAUGGCGAGCAGCUUUCCCAGCCCUGUGGCGCCUAGACUGUGGAGGCCUCAGACUCCAGGGCAGACGGGCAGUGCCAUGGGCCAGCCUGCCGGGCACGUCAGGGGGGGGCUGUUUCAGGCCGUGUCCCCCUGCCCGUCCCCAACGCCCACCCCUCGCCCCCUCCACACACCGGUCCUGACCAAUCAUCUGGUCCAGCUGGUGUCUGCCUCCAAGAAGACGCCUCAGAGGCCACGCACUGACCCGUCCCGGCCCAAAACCCGACGCUUCCCUGGACCUGCUGGGAUGCUUCCUCAGCAGUUGAGUGGCAAAAGUCUGGAUGACAUUGUUGUGGCAGUUCCACAGACUCCCGCCCAUGGUGCUGUUGCUCGACUCAGGAGUGAGGUCCCCAGCUCGCAGCCGCCCGAUGAAGAGGACUUCAAUGGUGGUGCGUGGGCCGCCAUGAAAGCUGAGAUGGGAUUGGAUGAGAAGAACCCCUCCUGCUUCCUGCACUCCUACAGCGUUGUCAUGGUGCUCCGCAAGGCUGCACUUAAACAGCUAAACAAGAAUAAAGUUCCCAACAUGGCUGUUGUACUGAAGAGUAUUCUACACACACAUGCUGAUGCCAAGGCUGUUUUUAAAGACCCAACAGGUGAAAUGCAGGGGACUGUGCACCGCCGACUUCUAGAGGAUCGACAGGCAGAGCUCAAAACCGGAGCAGUGCUGUUGCUCAAACAAGUGGGUGUGUUCUCCCCCUCCCAUCGGAACCACUACCUGAAUGUCACGCCCAACAACCUGCUCCGGAUCUACCCGCCAGACGGAAGCCUCCAGCCCUGCACACUGCUGUCCCAGCAUGCCCUGGGGCCAGCAGAGAUGUGGGGUGAGGACUCGAGGACAGUAGGAGGUCCUGUGUCUCAGAUGGAGCUCCGCUUUGAGGACGAGGAGGACGAGGAGCAGUUGGGACAGGAGGACAGUAGAGUGCAGGAAGGCCUUCCUCAAGCUGCUGUCCACAACAAUGGACCAUUGCUGACCAAUGAGGGUGCAUGGGACACAGAUGGCUUGGAUGAGUUACUUGGAGAGUUGCCAGUGGAGACCUACUCUGUGUGAUGCCAGCCACAAGAUCAGUGAACCGCACUACAAUGCAUUCCCUUCAGUUGCCUGGAAGCUCACACACACACACACACACAGAGAUAGAGAGAGAGAGAGAGAGAGAGAGAGAGAGAGACACAGAGACACACAUGUACACACACACACACACACACACACACACACACACACCUGUUCAUGGUAAACAAUCUCUUCAGGUGGCUCCAUGUGUUGGGAUCAGGUGCGUUUGAUCUGUGCAGGAGCCAGAUCUGAGCCGGGGUCGGCACGUGGAGCGUUCCCCCUCGUGUAACACCUGUUGCCAUGGCGACGCAGCACGGCAGGUCCGAGGGAGAGGUCCGCCGCGCCUCGUGUCGUCUCGGCUUGACCGCGGCCCCCCCUGCCCCUGUUCCAGUCUGCUCUGUGACAUUUCUCAGUCCCUCAGACCCACACUGCGUCCUGGCACUGCCACUGGCAUCCCCACCCCGGUCUGGGGGCUACGCCAGCUUGGGCAUCACUUGUGCACGGACGCGUGCAGAGGCCGAGUUCACAGAGGACAUUGGAGCUGAACGGUUGAAAAUUCCUGUCUUUCUGGCCUUUUCUUCUUUUCCCCUCCCCUACUGCCUGUUGUUAUCAACUCUUUUGGCUUUAUAUUUGUUAUAACUAUUUUCGAUGAAGAGACUACUUAUGUUGUAAAAAUGUAUAUAAUUUAUAGUGCAGCCUAUCAGAUGAUGCGAUAGCACAUACUCUAUUAAAUGUGUGAUCUACUACACUAGAA